CAUCCAUCCGCAUUUGUCUGCGUCUCUCUGCCUCCAUCUCCGUCUCUUGGCCUCCGUCUGUCUGCACCCUCUAUCCUCGCUGCCCCCCUCUCUCGUGCUGGCUUUCGUUGCUGGACUGAGCCCCCACAGCCAUGUCGACCUUCCAGGCCGAUUUCUCGAUCGGGCCAACCGCACCCGAGCCCGUCCCGGCGUCGUUCACCUUCGACGACCAGCGCAUCGUCGCCGCCGACUCGACCGAUAAAAAGGAGCUGAUUCUGUUCCAGUGGCUCAUCACCCUCGAGAGGGAGCUCAAGGGAUGCAAAAAGGAGUCCAUCAAGCCGCACCAAAACAAUAUCGAGAAGCUUCUGCUCAAAUACAUAACCUCUGCGAAUCCCAAACCCUCUCGGCCCAUCCGGAGGGCUGUCGCAAGAUGCUUCGUCGCUUUAUAUACCUAUGGCGACACCCGCACCCUCUUCGACACCAUGGUUACGGCUUUGGCCAUCGUCAAUCGCAAGACCGAGGAGCUUACGUCCAAGCUGUCGGCCAUAUAUUGCAUCGGAAGCCUUUCGGAAGCCUUUGGCGACAAGAUUCUCUCGCUCUAUCCUGAGAUGACAGCCUCGUUCAUCAAGAUACUCAAGUCCUGCAAAGACAGCGAUAUCCCGAUGAAGGCAGAGAUCACCAUCGCCCUCAAGAGAGCCUUGACCUGCGCUGGACGUGGUGCAAACGAAGCCACCGUCAAGGAUCUCGUCCGCUUGGCUCGUCUCGGCAUCGGCGACAAGGCCAGCAUCAUCAGAUCGUCGUCGAUUGAGCUGCUGCAAGCCUUGUACCAGCACACCAGCCAGCUCCCCUGUCUCAAGAUCGAAGAAUACGACGCCUUGCUUUCCUUCGUUCUCAAGGCAGCCGAACAGUCGUCUUACACCGUUCGUCGCGCAAUAGCCUCGUUCAUAGCCUCGAUCUUUGUGCGCUCGCAGAGCCCUCCGCCCGCCAUCAAAAAGAAAGGAGUCACCGAGCCCGUUAUUCUGGACAAGAUUCUUCGUGUCGAUCAGCUCUUCCAGCUCUUCUCGAUGCAGUUCCAGAAGCCAGCGCACGCCUCGCGUGAGAUCCGCAUCGCCAUCGUCGAGUCGCUGGCAUCGACUUUCAUCCAGCUCGGCGUCAAGUUUGUCGAGACCAACUACUCGCUCAUCCUCAGCUCCGUUCCCGAGAUGAUCUGGAACCCGCGAGCCACCUCUGCCCGGAACGAGAGUCUUGUUGCGCGCGAGUUCUGCGACUACAUCUUUCGAGAUGUCUUGGGCAAGAUGCUCAGCGAAAGCGGAGAGGUGGUGGCCGUGCGUGAGAUUGUCUCGAUUCUCAAGAGAACCGUCUCCGCACAGCCUUCGUCGGGUAUCAAACCCGGCGCCGCCACCCUGACCGAAGCUCCCAACGACCACACAACAAUCUGUGUGCUCAACGAGCUGAGUGCCCUCCAUCUCGAGCUCGGCUCGGCGUCGUCGGUCACGCAGGAUGUCGUCAUGGAGUGCCUGGUCGAGCUCUUGCCGCAUCCGACUCCUGGGGUCAACCUCGCCCUGGCAUGGUGUCUGCGCAGUGUUUGCGAUGCCCUCCCGCAGCAGCUCCCCAAGCUGAUUCAGAGGCUAGUUGGCUUGCUGCAAAAGCAUGCGCCCACACUCACCAGCGACCGCGCCGAUCUGCUCGACAAGUAUGUCGGAUACGCAAACAUUCUCGCUGCCGUCAUUUCUGUCAUCCCGGCACGGACGCUCUACGUUUCCUUCGAGUCCGCCUUUCUUGUCUUUGGCUUCAGCACGCAGCUGCUCAAGACGAGUGCCUCGAUCAAAGACCCUAAACUGGCGACAGUACACGUCAAGGUUGCCUGGACUUUGAUUGGAUCGCUCAUGUGUCUUGGUCCGCAAUUUGUCGGUGCGCAUCUCUCGCAGCUGCUCUUGAUCUGGAAGAACGUCUUUCCCAAGAUCAACUCCUCCGGCAAAACCGACGUCGAAUGGGAGUUCCAUCUGACUGUCAAGGACUCGGCCCUGGCUGCUCUGCACUCGUUCAUCCUCUACAAUGGAUCUUUGGCCUCGGCCGACGUUGCCAAGCGGGUCAUCGUGUGCCUGAGCAAUGCCCUCGUCUUUGUCACCAGUCUACCUGCCAAUGUCAGCCACGUCACUCCUACUGGGCCGACCCUGCCCGGGGCUGCCCCGCAAAUCUCCCACAAGAUUGUCGAAAAGGAGCAGCUGGUACGGAAGCGCAUUUUCCAAUGCUACCUGGCCCUGGGCAGCCCGGCCCUCUACGAAAACAACUACGGUAUCUUGGUCCGUGUCGUCAUGGACACGUUUGCGCCCGAGGUCGAGAAGCAGCCACCAACGACGCCCAGCCAGGGCCAAACCCACAGCCUUGUCUCGUUCACCGGUGUCGUUGGCACAGGGUCAAAUGCGCAUUCGGGAUCGACUCAAAUGAGCGACGACCUCCAGAUCGUCACAUCCCUUGCACGUGGAUACUCCAACUGUGUGGCUUCUGCAGCGGCCGCUGAAGAUCGCGGCAUCGCCAAGGCGCUUCUGGUGGAAACCGAUGUCAAAAAAGUGGAAGACCAGCUGGACGGUCGACUGCUUGGGACGCUCGCCUACGACCCCCAUACGCUGUAUUUGCAUCAUGGGCUCGUUGACUUUGAGCAUCCCGCCGUCGGGCGCCAGGAUCCUGGCCUGAUGCGUCUGUGGUCCGAGCAGCCCCGUCCGAUGCCGGCCAAUAUUGCUGUCGUGGACGCUGCCAUCGAGCUGUUUGCCAGCAUCUUCCCGCAUCAAAGCCCGCAAACCCAGGAUGCCUCACUCGAGAGUCUGCUCAAGAUCUGCAAGCUGCCCGUCGGCAAGGUCUCGAUGGCACGUAAAGUAUCGCUGCAGAUCAACAUCUCCACCGCUAUCAUCGGCUUCCUGAGGUACCUCUCUGCAAGGAAGACAUCGGCGCCGAGCCCCCGAGCCCAGUCGCUCGUAGUCGAGCUUGUUGAUGACAUGCUCGUGUCGCCCGAUCCGGUCCUGCGCUUUGCAGCCAGCGAGGUGCUCGGUCGUCUGGCUCGUGCGGUCGGCACGCCUUCGUUCAUCAACCCGCUGAUGCAGAGCCUCAUCGACCGGGUCGUCAACGUCCGUGAACCAGACUCGCGCUGUGGCGCCGCGCUGGCUUUGGGCUCCAUCCACAGCUAUGUUGGCGGAAUGACGGGCUCGUCUCAUCUCAAGAAUAUUGUGGGCAUUCUGCACUCCCUUGCGAGCGACCCGCACCCGCUCGUCCACACAUGGGCAUUGCACGCCCUGUGGCUCACCAUCGAGAGUGCCGGGCUUAUGUUUGCCAACUACGUCAAUCCAACGCUGUCGCUCAUCGCCAAGUUGUACAUGUCCGAGACCCACGAACCCUCGGCAGUGCAAGCCAAUGGCGCUGGCGGGGACAGCAACUGCGACGUAUACCCAGGCUUUGGUCGUCUGCUCCACGCGCUGGUCGGAGUCCUCGGCCCAGAGUUCCAGUGCUCUCCCAAGGUGCGAGAGCUCUGCUUUGCCCUUUACGAAGAGCUCAAGAACGAGUCCGAUCCAUUCGUCGUCGUCCAGGCGAUCCGAUGCAUCCAGAACUUUAUCCUUUUUGCGCCAACACACGUCAACAUCCAGCAGUUGGUGCCCUUCCUCCAGCUACAGCUCUCGGGCAGUCUGGAGAGUCAAGCCUUCUUGAUCCGACAUGCCUCGAUUACAUGUCUGUACCAGUUGACGCAACGCGACCCCGGCGCUGUUCUUGAGGCAGCUAUCAACAACCAGCUUGAGGAGCAGCUAUUCGGGCUUCUGGACACCGAAACCGAUGUGAUGACGCAGGAGGAAGUCAAAGAUAUCCUGAAACAUCUGCUGCGACACGUUGCCCCCAACCACCCCAGCCGCUGGCUCGAGAUCUGCAAGAAUAUCUUGUCCAAGACGGGCACCUCCGGUAGCACUGCUGCCAACGACGCCACUCCAAAGAAUAGCAUGGAGCGGCGCGACGACGACGACGACGACCGGCUCGAAGGUGACCAGGACGGUGUCGGCCCCGCCACAGGCAGUACCGCCAAGUCUGCGGCCGUCCGCGCAGGCCCGGCGAUCGCUGCCAUCGUCGUGGUCCUUCUCCCGCGCUGGAGAACCCAGACAUUUGCCUUCUCCUGCCUGCGCCUCACGCUCUCCGUCGUGGUCUCGACGCAAAUGGUGGAGCACGUUGAUCUGGCGACAGCCCGCCGGAAGCGCGAGCAGCUUGCUGGAUCGUCCGGUAAUAUCAGCGACUCGACGGACUACGUGGUCUUCAAGCUUCAGGAGCUCAUCCGGAUGGCCUUCACGGCCGCAACUGCAGUUGUGGACGAGCUGCGAAUUGAAGGUCUCCGGCUCCUAGACGACAUCCUGGAAAAGUUCCAAACCGCCAUGGAUCCAGACUAUGAGGGACACGCUCUCUUGGAGCAGUACCAGGCGCAAAUCAGCUCCUCGCUCACCCCGGCGUUUGCCGCCGAGAGCUCGCCCGAGGUCCUGAGCAUUGCCUGCCGAGUGAGCGCUGCAUACGUCGGCAGCGGCAUCAACCAGGACCUCUCGACUCUUUCACGCAUCCUGAAGCUGCUGGCAACAUCGCUGGACAAAUGCACUGCCACCCCGCCUCCGGAAUACGAGAACUUCCCCCAUGCGUUCACCAUGCUGAAGCUGUCUAUUCUCGUCGCCUGGGCCAAGCUGUACAAUGCCAGCCUGGAAAAAUCGUAUCUGCAGUCUGUGGUCAAGCCAAAUCUUCCUCGACUUGGCCAGCUGUGGGUGUCCAUCCUCAAGGACUAUGCCCAGUUCAAGAUUGAGCGCGAGACUGUCUCGUAUCCAGGACAACCCGGCGACAGCUCCAUUGACAUCUACAUGGCGGCUCGGCGGGAAGUCAUCCUCCCGUUCUACAGCGGCUCGUGGGUCCUUGUUCUCCAGGCACUCUCUAACUUGGCCCAUGACGAGGUGGAGGUGUUCAUCAAGUCCGUCAGCGACAACGCCGAUGCCGCAACACCAUCGACUGAGCAACAGGAGACCAGCCCCGAAACCGUGCUCAAGGACACGUUCUCGAUUCUCUUUGGGCUCUGCAUCGAGAGUAUCUCGAACAGCGGCACGGUGGGCCUUGGACUGAGUGGCAUCCCAGGCACCCAGAGUGGCGGCAACGCCAACGCACUCGAGGAGAAGCAGAGGAGCAUUGCGCUUGCUCUAGAGAUUUGCCUGUCGUCCAUCCACAAGCUGGCGCGGCCCAAGAUCUUUGGAGUUCACAUCUUUGACAAGGGAAUCUUCACCGACCUUGUCAAUGUCCUGGACCGAGUUCUCCAAAGCGAAGAUGCCCCUAUGCAGCUGAUCGUCGCCCAAAUCAUCGCCCAGAUCGCUGCCGAUUUUGAUGAGACUUAUCUCUCUGGCGAAGCCUCUCGCGCCGCUCGCGACAUAUCGACAUCGGCAGAGAUCAAGAUCUCCGCGCCGCUCCCACCCGUGCCUGUGUCGAAGGUGUACCACCUGUGGAAGCUGCUUGUGAGCGCACUUGCAUACCACGUCCCGACGCUCUCUAACAACCCAACGGCCGAAGUGACAUCCAAUCGACCGCUGAGCCCGGUCACGAUCCAGCUUGUGUGCUUGGCGCUCGAUACCCUCGCCCGCCUCCUAUCUCCGCACAUCAUCGAGGGAUACGGCCACCAGCUGUUCCCGACAUUUAUGACAGUUGCCCUUGGCAUCCUGACUGUCGAAAAGUUCUCCAAGGACAUUCACCCCAAAACCCUUGUGGCCAUGAAGGUGUGCACGGAGGGUCUGGAGACGCAUCUCCCCGAAGCCUCCAAGCCGAUUGUGGCAUCCGUGGUGCAGUCGUCGAUCCGCAACAUUCUCGAUAUGGUGUCAGCAAAGAGCGACGAUAAAUCCGAAUCAGCAUCAGAAGCAAAGACCUUGGUCUUGGCAGCAAUCGUGCUCAUCACUGGAUGUCCGGUCCUCUCGUACAACCCAACUCUGCAGCCGGACAUUGUAGCCCGUAUCAUGGAUCUGCUCGACAGCUCGGAUGCAUCGGUGGCCCUGACCGGUCUCCAAUGCACCAAGUCCCUGAUUCUGCUCGUCAACAAAGCCGACCCCAUGGCCUCCGCUGUUGGGGCAGCCUACACUCGGUUGCUAGUUCCUCGGCUCGUCAACAAGCUCUAUGAGAUCCAGCAGCAGCAGCAGCAUCAAAGCACCAAUGAUGCCAGCGAGCAAAGCCAGACCGUGGUCCAUGAGAUGGUCAAGGUGCUGGUUUGGAUCUACGAUGUGGCCAAUACCGACACGAAGAAGCUGUCGACCCUUGCCAUGAUCGUGCCCAUCCUCAUCGGGCUUUUGGAGGAGACGCCCGAGCCAACGGCACUGCACCGGGUUGCCUCGACCAGCCUGCUCGAGCUGGCGACCAAGAGCCCUGCCCACUUUAAGCCCAUCAUUGGUGCUCUGCCUCCAGACGACCGCGGCAGCCUGGAGAAGGCGCUUGUCAGUGCCAUCCAGGCGCGGGACCAGGAGUCGGCUUAUGGCGGACGACAAGCGCAAAGCUCUGGCGGUUUGUCGCAGCGAGCUGCGGCACCCAAGAUCCAGCUGAAGAACUUUGGUGCCUUUUGAUGGUGGCGGAAGCGGGUGCUGGGUCCGCAAGGCAGCCGCUGAGUGCGUCUGAGCAACGAUGCGCUGGGUGGCGGCUGUCCCUGAUGCUGGCUGGCUCCUGCUGGUUCAAAUACAGUCCAAGAGAAGCAUGCCUGGCCCUUGGAUGGACAGACGCAGCCAUCCGGGACUCGGUUGUGAC